AGUUGAAGAAUCAUCGGAUGUUGACUCUGUCUGUAAAGGUUUUAUUGAAGAACCUGUUCUCGAGUAAGCCUAACACCAAAAACUAAAGCGAUGGGAGACGAGGAGGCAUCCCCAGUUUGGUUUAACAUCUUAAGAUCGAUCCUCUUAACCAUCACAACCCUCCUUAUCAUAGGAGGAAACUCAUUCUGCAUCAUUGUCCUCCGUCAUGUCCAAGGCAUCAGUGACAUCACCAAGUUAUUUAUGGCAUCUUUAGCAGUAUCUGACUUAACUGCAGGUAUCUUCAUCGCCGUGCCAAUGAUCGCAUCCACUGCUAUGGAUUGGUGGCCGUAUGGCCAAGCCGUCUGCGGUAUCUACGGUAUAGGUAAAUACGUCAUUUAUUACAGUGGACUACUGUCUCUCCUCAUGGUAACGGUCGAGAGAUACAUCAUGGUGGUAUGGCCAUUACGUUAUCCGGAUAUCGUGACGUUGUUUCGUGCUCGGGUAACAGUGGUGUGCAUCUGGUUGAUUGCGUUCGGAAUCGCCAUGUUCUUUGGGUUCAGUGUGAAUUUCAAAGUGGAAGUUGACGAUGACGAAGACAACUGUAGCCUUGAUACAAAGAAAACCGAUUUCUGGCAUUACCCUCUCAAGUACAUGGCUGUUGCAUUUAUCAUUAUCCCUUUAGUAACAGUGAUGUUAUUGUAUACACACAUAUUGCUGAUUGCACGUCAACAGAUUCGCCAGAUUGCAUUAAUCACUACAUCGAUGCCCCUGACUGAGACUGAUCGAAUCAACGCCAAUACCAGGCGAUCCAACCGCAAAGCUGCCGGUACUUUCUUGAUAGUGACCCUCGCCUUUGGGCUGGCGUGGAUGCCCUCUGCAAUCCGGAAACUCAACAAACUUGCCACGGGUAACUCUGACACUAUGUACACAGAAUUCCUAGCUCGAUUGUGCAUGCUCACCAACAGUUGGCUCAAUGUUUUCGUCUACUAUUUCCGAAAUGAGAGUUUCAAAUCUACAGCAAGGCGAUUUAUUGACAAAACGCUUGGCCGAAGAGGUAUGGACGAUAUCAUGGUCAGUUAUUAGAAUUAAAAGCUGUACACAACACCAUUGGGUUUACACAGAGACGUUAAUGCAAACCUGGUUAUUUUUUAUAGCAUU